AUGGCAGAAACCGCCUCAGCGGAACAGGAAAUUAUCGCCGCCACCGUCGAUUCAGAAAUGAACUCUAAGACCUUUCAGAAGCGAGCCGGAGACGAGGAAGAUAAAACUGUUUCCAAGAAGCAAAAGGUUGACGCGGAAGAAGAGAAGAAACCAUCAGGCCCUGUGAAAUUGGGUAACAAAAGUUUCGGCUCUUCUCUGAAGUUGUUCGAUUACUUCUACAGUUUCCUUCAUGCUUGGGGUCUUAAUCUUGAUGUUAGCAAGUAUGAACACACAAUGUUACUGGACUUACUUAGGAAAGGUCAUCCAGAGCCCGAUGAAAAGAUUGCUGGAGAAAUCUGUGCUUUCCAAGUCCGCAAGCAUCCUACGUGGAAAAGCAAGCGUUUUUUUCUCAUUAGGGAUGAUGAAUCAGCGGAUGACUUUAGUUUCCGUAAAUGUGUGGAUCGAAUUCUUCCCUUACCAGAAGCGAUGCAAGUGAAACAUGAUGCAAACAGAGCACUAGGAAAGCGUGGUGGUGGUGGGAAAGGACGUCAACGUCAGGGAAAAGAGAAAGUGAAGACAUUGAGUUUAAAAGUGAGUGACUCCUGA